GAAGGUAGACAGCAACUGACCGCAGGAGUGGACUUUCGGACUUUAUUCUGAACUGAAAGUGUUUUUAGAGUUAUUGUUGUUAUUAUAGUUAUUGUUAUUGUUGUUUUGGACCCACCGCGGGACAAACCGCGAGCAUGUCAGAGAGCAUCGUGAGGAAGAUCCAGCCUUUCACCAUCGGGACUAAACUCUCUGCGCCGGGCGGACACGAAUACCGGACUCUGGACAGCUGCGCGCUCCAGCGCCGUCUAACCGGACAGGUGUCUCCGGGCCUCGUGCGCGCCCCUGACACUCACGCACUUGAAGGCGAAAGGCGCGGCGAGCAAGAGAUGGACCGCCUGAACAGAAACGAGACCCCCGCGACCACCACCACCACCACGACGGCUCCGUCCUCCAGAUCCAUACGCAAGAUCACCAUCUGCAGCGGGCUGGAGAGCCGCAGAACGGCGGCGCACAUCCGCGCGAGCUCCGAGAACAUCAACAAUAACAACAGCAACAUCUUCACACAGCUGCCCAAGAUAGUGGGGGUCAGCUGUGAGAACCAGCCUCACUCACACUUCAAGGUUUUGCUGUGUAAAGACUCAGAUGAUGAGCAGUGCAGCAGCAGUGAGAGAACGAACGGAUUUUUACACAAUGGGGAGAAUCGCUCAGGGAUCCAGCAGACGCCAGCGUUCAAAUCUCGAUCACCCAAAAGGGACCUGGUGAAGGGAAACAGCCCCCCCUGCAGUCACAGAGAGAUCUCCAUGGUGUCGAAAGUGUCAGUUCAGAAGGACUGUUUCACUCAGCAAAACGCACUCUUCAGCAAGGAGAUAUCUCAGGCCGAGGCCUGGAUCCAAGGGAAGCUGAAAAAUCUCAGAGACAGCAGUAACAUGCAGAGAUGCUCCCUGGCCGAUUGGGAGGAAGUAUCUCAGACUCUCCAAAGAGACCUGAAGGACUUUGAGAAUACAUUCAUUCAGCUUAACCAGAUGGGGGAGCAGCUUAUGUGUAAGCUAAACCCGACCUCUGACCUGGUGAAGAUGCGACUGGGCCAGCUCAGGGACCAGUGGAGCGUGCUUAAACAGACCGCCGCCUCUCAAACCAAAGUGAUGGGCGGAGCUCAGAGUCUGCAAGAGUUCAACAAGAAGGUGGAACAGCUGGAGAUGUGGAUCAAACGGAAGGAAGAGGAGCAGUCGCUGGCCAACCUCUUAGGGGAAAACAUGGACAAGCUGCAGCUGACGCGGAGGAUACUAGAUUUGAAACAGGAUGAGCAGCUGUACAGAAACCUUCAUGAGGAGAUCAACCAUCUGGCCCUCAAACUGGAGAAGCACGCGAAGGGCGAGGGCAAGAGCAUCUCCACCAGGAGGAAACACAUCAAUAAAAUGUGGCUGAAAGUUCAGUCUUACUUGAAAGACUGUCAGGAAAAUCUACAGCUGGCUUUGGAAGUCUCCUCCUUCUACCAGCAGGCUGACAACAUCAUCUGUUCCAUCAACAAUAUGAGAAAAGGCCUCUCUGUAACAGACAGAGCUGGAGAAAGUGGAGACAGAGAGAUUCGUGAUAUUGCCAGUCAAAUUAUGGUUCUGGAUGUAACAGUAUCCCAGCUUUCUAACCUGCACCCUGCUCUGGCUGCUAGAAUCUCCCAGAAGCAGACUGAUGUGAAGGACAGCUGGCUCCUGCUUCAGAGUGCUAUCAGGAAUGAGAAGACUGUUCAGUUGCACUCAGCCACCAGGGAAGAUGCUGACCUCCCGACCUCUAAUGGAGAGCCGCUCAGAUGCGUGGGAACUGACCCGUGCAGAAUCAUGGGAAAGGAGGUGAAGGAAGAGCAAAACCGAUUGAAAGAGAUUAUGGGUGGUCAACACUCUGACAAUGGCAGGAAGUCCCCAGACAGCCAGCAGGAACCUCAGCCAAACCCGGCGGAGAGCCUGGGGUACGGGUGUGCCAGCGAGGCCAGCUCCAGGUUCCAGACACAGGGUAAAAGUGAAUCUCUGCCGAAGUCCAGCAGCCACCCACAGCUCCAUGUGCAGCUCCAGAAAUUCACUGUGUCUGCAGACAAGACUCUCUCCUGGCUCAAAGACAGCGUCACCAUGGCAACAAAUGUGUGCAGUGUUGUAGGAGGGCCAGGCAGCUACGAGAUAGCCAAGAGGUACCAAGCGUCUCUGGAACAGGACAUCCUGUCCAACAAAGCCCGCAUAGAGCUGGUCAAGAAGGAGGGCCACAGCCUGGUCCGAGCUCAGCAUCCUGGCAGUGCCAAAAUCCAGGAGUUCCUCAGCCAACUGGAGGUUCUGUGGGAGGAGCUCAAAAGACGCCACCAGAAGAACGCGGUGGUCCUGCAGGCCUCGGAGGAACUCAACUACAGGGCUGUCAGGGUGCUGCAGACGCUGGGCAGUCUGGAGGCCUGGCUGGAGGCUGCAGAGCUGUCCAUCAAGCAGGCGUCUUUGGCAGGAGACCCUAAGUCGGUGAGUGUGGCCGAGCGAGAGAGCUGUCUGCUGGAGAGGGAGCUGGAAACACGCAGCCUGGAGCUUCACAACCUCAAGCAGGAGGUGGAGGCCCUCUGCAGCCAGAGACACCUCUGCACUCAGCUGCUCCCCACGCGCAUGGAGGAGGUGGAGAAGAAGUUCAGCAGCGUACAGACGGCACUGACGCAGCAGAGCUCUGAGCUGAAGGACACGCGCAUGCUGACAGAGUUUCUAGAGCGAGUGGAGCUGGAGGAGAGUCACUACGGAACCCUGGGGCAGCCUCUAAAGAGCGAUCUGGACUGUGACCCGUUGCUGCUGCCGCUGGCGAGGAGCAGACACAGCGAGCCUGUGAUGGAGAGUCUGGGAGACCCGGUGGAGGAGCUGAGGGAGGCUGUGGAGAUGCUGAAUGACACGGCGAGAGAAAGAGGACGUUCUCAGUCACAUGACCACAGCAUUCAGGAGCUCCACUCCAGACAUUCCACUGUGGCAGUGCAGGUGGAGCAGUGUCUCCAGCGCAGCGCAGAGCUGUCCGUAGAUGUGCUGGAGAUGGAGCGAGAGAUGGCUGUCCGGUGUGAACCAGAGCGUUGCGGUCUGGAUGGUCUGCAGGAGCAACAGGACCAGCUGGAGACUGACUAUGAGGCCUUGAAGGAGGAGGUGAAGGCCAUGGAGAGUCUGUCCACUCACCUGGCAGCUCUGUGUCCAGAGAGAGUGCAGGCACUGAGGAGUGAGGUUCAGGCCAGCCUACUAGCCUGGGAGGAGCUGAGCAAGAGCAUGUCCGAAAACCGGAGCCGACUGCUGCAGUUCGGCCGCCUUCGCCACUUCUUCAGGAACUACUUAGCAGUGAUAUCUUGGACAGAGGACACCCGUACACGCAUAUUCUCUGAGAGUGCGCUGCGUCAGAGCCGAGAGAGUCAGGGCUCCAUGGUUGAGCUUCUGGACCAGCAAAUAGAGCAGAAGUUCCAGGAAUUUGAUUUGCUUGAAGCUGCAGGGAAGAAGCUGCUCAGUGAGGAUCACCACUUGGCCAAGAUGAUCAAAGAGAGGAUGGAGGAGCUGAGAAGCAUGCUGGGGUGGAUCCUUGUCCACUGGAGAGCACAGAAGGACCAGUGGCUGAACCAGAAGAGAGCAGAGGAACCACACAACGAUGCCAUUUACUCUGAGGCCACUGUCUGCUCUCUUGCUCCACAGCCUGAGUCAGAAACUACUGAUGACCAGCAGAUGAGGACAGAAGGCUCUGCCACUGCUCCCCACAGUGAUCUGAAAGACAGGGUGCAGCUGGAUAAUGGAUAUGAGGUGAUGAAAAGCAUCAGUCCCAAGAGCAGUGAGACCCAGAGAGCCUUAGAAGAAUGUGAUUCACCUUUCCUGCUGCUGAAAGAACCCAGCACUCCUUCACUCGGAGGGACAGUCAACCUCAUCCUCAGCUUCACUAACUCAGGGGACAGUCAGCUGCAGGUACAGGAGUCGGACCAUGAGAAGGUUGGGGAGCUCUCAGAGGCUGUGCACAGGCCUGCCAAGUCUCACUAUUCUGUCUGUAAAAGCUUUUGGAAACGCUGCCAGGGACUUUUUGGUAGUUUAAAGCGAAAGAAAAAGGUUUAUCAACAAAGUGCUGAAGAGGUAAGUACAUACUUGCAUGUUAAGGACGCCAUCCAGUCGGUUGCACCCAUGUACGAGAGUAUGACACUGCCUUUACCUCACGGCAUGGUGCACGUCCCUGCCUCCUUCUCUCCUCACGCCUCCUGGCAAUCCUCCUCCUCCUCACCAGAGAUGGACAGCACCUCCCUGGAGUUUCUGCCCAGGAACAGCACCACUAUCUUCAGCAGCUUACAAAGGAAAAGCAAGAAGAGGAAGAAGAAGAAAGAUGCCCGCAGGCACACCGUCCAGAGAAUCAUGGGAGUAGAACCUUCGGAGGAGGCAUCUUCUCCACCAGAACACGAGCCUCUCACAUACAACAUGCAUACCUGGCCUCUGAAGGACAAGAAGAAGAGGAAGAAUGAGAGGAGGUCUGACCAUAAAGACCCUCAGCUCAUGGACUAUGUCAAGAACCCCCUGGUGAAGGACAUUGAUGCUGAAUGCUUGGGAGGAUUCAUUUCUCCUGAUCCAUGCAUGGCUGUGGAACAGUCCACCUCAGGUCAUGUAAAGAACCACUGCAGGUUCCUCUCACUGGGUUCUGUGCUGAGUUUUGACCUGCCCAAGGACAUGAGCCUCAUCCCAUGUAUUCAAGACAUCAUUACCAUCAGCCCAGCUGAUUCCAGGAAAGCUGCCCCCCAAGACCAGGACUCUCAUCCAGAGCAGACUACGGCUUUAAGCACCUUCAAACUGGCUCGCUCACAACCUGCAAACAAACAUGAGGAGCCUAAUCGCACACCACCAGGGGAGAUACCUCAAAGACAUCUCAAAAUUGACUGCCAGAACAAUCAGAAGAUCCACAUAGAUGCCAUUUCUGUUCAUUAUAAUGACGUUCCUCCUGCUCCUCCUCCAGCUGAGGUUGUCCUAUUUAAAGAAAGUCAAACCUCUUCUCUUAGUGAUCCAACCACCAUCACGCUUCAUGGAGAAGCAAGCCUUGGGUGGGAUCAAAUACCAGCCCACCUGGGCAGCAGUCAUCACCAGGCUUCAACUUCAAACCAGGAAAAUCCAGAGCAGAAUCAAGAGAAUAUCUCAGUCCCAUAUCAUCACCAGACUUCUUCUACAGCACAGGAACACAUAUGCCCCAGCGUCCACACUCUGAUACAGGACCUUCAUGGCCAUCUGUACCAUAAAGCCAAGCCCACAUGCUCUCAACCAAGCAGAGAAAGUCCUGGGGCUGCCCAGAGCCAUGCGUCCCACAUUGUGUUGAACUUCAAAGCCAAUGGAAGAGAAGACUCCGUGGAUUCUGGCCACUCAAGCUCUGGUAGCUUCAAGCUGUGUACGGAGCCCCCAUAUUUGGACAUCUCUGAAUACCCAGCACCCAGGAGAACAUUGGAGAAGCUAUCAUUUCUCGAAGUAGAAGAGCCUCACAGGAGCAUGGAGCCCACUAACUCCCCAGUAGAUGACCCUGUCCACCCUGACCACCAGCAAUUUGAGCAGGAAGAGGAGGAGCUGGAGGACAUCUGGAACCAGACUAAUGGCUAUCGCCAGAGCAUCUGUUCAGAUAUCAUGUACCAGACUGAGCCUGCCGGCUCUUCUCCAGACCACCAAAGGAAGCCCUCUCCUAAAGAGCAAGCCAUGCUGGUCAGAAAGAUGAUCACUGCCUCUGCUCCCAACCUUCCAGUAGCUGAGUUCAGACUUCCAUCCUCCGUUCAUAACCUGGUGGAUCACCGGAAGGACUGGAGCCCCAGGGAGGAUGCUCAUAUCUUAUCUAAUGGAGAGAGAAGGUUCUGGGACACAUUCCCUCAACAGGAGCAGGCGUCCAGUGAGGCAGUGGUGGUCAAUGAAACAGCCUCAGAACCUGUGAAACUUCCAGAGCUUAAGGAUCACCAAAACUAUAUCUACCAGUAUAGAGAGGAGGAGGAGGAAGAGGAGGAGGAGGAAGGUGAUAAAGGGGGUAUGAAGGAUCAGUCCAUGAGCCCUUUGUCUGUUCAUAUGGGCCUGGACGGGGAUGCCGAGGUACCCAACCACAACACCAGGGUACAGACCGCCUCCAGCCCCAUGAGCUCCAGGCGAGAGUUCCCAUCCAUGGCGGGGACACUAGAGAGGAAGCACAGGCUGCUGCUGGGGGGGAGGAGAGCACUGUGCCGGGCGUGGAGCUCAUACCACGCUGUCCUGUACAGACAGACACUGUGUUUCUACCAGGAUAGGAAGGACACCAUGAGGAGCUCAGUGACAAGCCUGCCGCUGAACCUAACUGGUGCCGAAUGUGUCCCAGCACCAGAGUACAGCAAGAAACCCAACUGCUUCAGCCUGAGGCUGCGUGAUGGAUCCGGGUACCUUCUGAGUGCCUCCUCUCGCUUCAUGAUGAAGAAGUGGAUCCUGAGAAUCCAGGCCAACGCUGAGUCCAGUGAGUCCAGCGAAGCUGAUAUAACCACAACGUAUGGGUCCACGGCACAGCCCACAUUCCCCAGAGGUUCUUCAUCAUCUUUUCGCUGUCAGUGCAGAGCUGUGUGCCAGUGCUCCUCAAAAGGAGAUGGUCACUUGGCUCUCCAGAGCCACUGUCAGUCAGUCAGCUCAGCCAGAAGCCAACAGAUUGUGGUCCUCACAAGAGAUGCUUCGCACAUCUCUCAGCGGCACUGUGGGAAUCUGGAAUUACCCACCUUAACUUCAGAUGCAGGGCAGUGUGAGUCCCCAGGCGUUCUGCUGGAAAAGAGGUUCCACUCUCAAAGCCCCAGAGCAAUGUUCUCCUAUGUCUCAACCAGCCAGGGCUGCAAGAGACGGUCACACUCCUUUACCUCAGCAACAUACCAGCAGAUCAAGCCGUGCACAGCGUCCCCUGCAGGCAGCAGCCAAUACAGCGGCUCCAGCUACUCUGUGACUGUGUUCAUAGGCAAGGGGGAGAGCCCGUCGGUGUGCAGCAGUGUGGGUCUCUCUCAGCCCAACAGCUGCAGACAGCAGUCCAUCUCCGAGCUGCCUCUCCGGGCCUACGCCAGCCUCCCCCGCCCCCACAGCAAAUCCGUCUUCAGGAAGUUCUUCGGGAAGAAGGAGUAACCGGGCCCUCGGUGACACAGCAGGCCAACACAUCACUGACUGUCUACAUGUGCAGGACACAACUGAGACGCUCAAUUAUGAUUCUUAUAUGUAUUUAUGGUGAGGAGCUUCUACAGAGUCACUGAGGAACGAGGACAAUUAAUCAGCCGCUUGGCUUGGAGCAAAGACUUUCACUUGACUUUACUGAAAGAGCAAGACUACAUCAUUAAAAAGGAUGGUUCUUCAAGGGAAAUGGGGAAAUGAGGAAAAUGGUUCUGUAUAGAACAUGAACACUCAAAGAACCCUUUACACGUCUAAAUGGCUCUUCAGGUUGAUGGAGAGUAUGUUCUAUACGGUUAUAUAUAGCAACCAAAAAGAACCAUUUCACCAUCAUCUUAAAUCUAGUCUAUACAUCUAAUAUUUCUAAUUGUGAGAUGGUUGUAGGAAUAUAAGAAUAACUUUUCUAAAUGACUGUAUUAGUAAAAUAUUAUUGAAAAUAUAAUCCGUCUUAAUCAACGUGUUCCUAACACUGACUCUGAGCUGCUUCAUAAGCUGGGUUCUGAUUCAUGGCAGGAAAUUGAAUUAUACUCACUGGCCACUUUAUUAGGUAUUUCUAGUAAAAGGUUGCACCCCCUUUUGCCUUCAGAACUGCCUUAAUUAUUUGUGGCGUACUUUCAACAAGGUGUUGGAAACAUUCCUCAGAGAAUUUGGUUGGCUUUUUCUUAUUGUUGCCUUCCUAUCAUCUCGAACCAGUCUGCCCAUUUUCCUCUGACCUCUCGCAUCAACAAGGCAUUUUUGUCCACACAACUGCCGCUUACUGGAUAUUUUCUCUUUUUCGGACCAUUUUCUGUAAACCCCAGAGAUGGUUGCAUGUGAAAAUCCCAGUAGAUCAGCAGUUUCUGAAAUACUCAGACCAGCCCAUCUGGUAACAACCAUGCCACGUUCAAAGUCACUUAAAUCACCCUUCUUCCCCAUUCUGAUGCUCGGUUUGCACUUCAGCAAGUUGUCUUGACCACCUCUACUUGCCUAAAUGCAUUGAGUCAUGUGAUUGGCUGAUUAGCUAUUUGUAUUAAGAAGCAAUUGAACAUUCCUAUUUGGUGUAUAUUCCUAUUUCUGUGUUUUUAUCUCAAAAACUUACAUACAAUAUAAAUCUACCCAUUUUAAGCUUAGUUAGAUCACAUUCUUUACACAUUAAUUAAUCCAACAGCAGCACUCAGAUCACACAAGAGGAGAUUAAAUGGCAGAAGCAGCCUGUUCUAGAUCACCGUAUCAGUGCCAGCACAGUUCUGUCGAUCCUUCACUUCUGUUUUUAUGCAUUAGAUUCAAGGAUUCAACUCCCUUAAAACGUUUUUUUAUCCAUUACUCACAGCAGUGACAAUCAACUCAUUUACAGCAUCGGCACUGAAUGGUCAAACACUCAGAUCACUGUGGCCUCACCGCCUCCAAAGAGACACCAUCAUCCAGAACAACACGGCAAGAGUCAGAGAUCAGUUUAGAGAUCAGAGAGUCAGGAGGAAAUAAACUCCUCCAUUCUAAACUCCGAUACUCUGAGUCAGAGCUCAGUUUAGAGAUCAGAGAGUCAGGAGGAAAUAAACUCCUCCGUUCUAGACUCUGUUACAUUGUGUCAGAGAUCAGUUUAGAGAUCAGAGUAAGGAGGAAAUAAACACCUCAGAUUUAGACUCUGUUAUUCUGAGUCAGAGAUCAGAGAGUCAGGAGGAGAUAAACUCCCCUGUUCUAGAAUCUGUUACUCUGCAUCAGUGACUCAGACAGUUAUUCAGAUGGUGAGAUUGUUUCCUUUCAGAUGAGACAAACAUCAUGACUGUAGCCCAGAGUAUGAGGGAACGACACCCUCUUUAGUUUGGGUACACCAUUUCAGGCAACAAUGGCAACAAUCUUUUACUUGUUUUAAGUCAUUUUCCUUGUUGUAAUAAUAAAGGGUUUUAUUGCAAAAGAUCAACAAAACAUAUUUUGCUCAUGAUAUAUGUUAAUUAGGAUUGAGCUUCACACAUAUAAAAAAUAUCAAUGCUGUUAUGAUUAAUACCAAUUUCAUUAGAGAAAUAAAAGCCGAUUCCUUUUAUACAUCAGCUGAUAUUCUCCUCGCAAACAUCGAAAAUAAUUACAAAUUUACAUGAAACAGCACCACAAUAGUGACAUCAGUCCCCUUAAAAAGUACUUAAAACAUGCAGAAAAUAUCUAACAAUAAGAUAACAUUAUAAUUUUCCAACCAUCUCAGUAUUCCAGCCAUCUCAGAAUGUGAAAUGUUAGAUAUGUAGAGCAGACGAAAGAUCUCGGAGAGGUCAUGUUUGCAGUGCACCGCUGUUUCUUAAAGUAGGUUAAAUGUGGUACUUUGAUAUUUUUCCACAAUGCUUUCUUUUACAGUCCUCCAAGUUCUAGGUAUUAACCAGGUAAGUGUGAAGUACACACUCCAAAGUACUAGGUCAUUAUUUUAGAUGAGAAGAUAUUAAGUACUAGAACAAUCUAAAUGAAAUUCCUAUGAAACAUGUCACAGGUUCUAGAUCAGGCCUGUGGGCCUUGUGUUUGACACAUGGAUACUAGAUUGUCAGCAUUCGAGGGAAUGUAAAGUGUUAUAAUGUAUUUACCUAGAACUUCAAAAGAAUAAACAGGAUGUGGGUAGGAGAUCAGGUCACUCACAUCUGUAGAGUCUUAAAUAGUAUGCAUCUAUUACUUUCAUACUGAACUGAAUUUGAAUUGAAAGAGAAAUCAGGGACUCUUUCAGUGGUUUUACUGGGUUCUGAGUUCUUAAAAUAAUUACCCAGUACUUUGGAAUUUAUACCUUACCCUUAGCUGGGUAAUACCUAGAACCAGUGAGACAUUUCAUAGUAACUCUUUUAGACUAUCCUGUUACUUAAAAUAUUAUUACACAAAAUAAUUACCCAGUACUUUGGAAUUUAUACCUUACAGGUUCUAGGUAUCUAGAACACGUGAAACAUUUCAGAGUAAUUAUUUUAGACUAUCCUGGAACUUACCAUAUUAUUACUCAAAAUAAUUACCUGGUACUUCGGAGUUCGUACCUCACACUUACUUGGUUAAUACCUAGAACUUAGGGGCCUGUGAAAGAAAGGGUUACUCAUUUUUCAGUGCUUUGUCUCGGAUGACAGACACGUUCUCCCUCCUCUCUGAUCUCUUUGUGGAAGUGUGUUAUGUAGUUUGAUGUUCGUGUGGGUUGCAGUUUAUUUUCCUGAUUAUCUCAGUCUUUCCAGCCUUUCCAGCGCUCGCUGGUUUGAUUCUCGUGUGUAGGGUCCAAAAUAGUGUUUUCACACAAACCUUUGAAUGUGUUUUUGUACAUUUUGAACUUUGAACACUGUAUGCAAAUGAACAUUCACUGUCUGGUUCUUCUGAAAUGGAAGCACCUUUUUUCAAGUUUGAUAUGGUCUUUAUACUGCGUGGAGAGAGCAUCGCACCCAACGAUGGAUCGUACACAUUCAGUGUAAUGUAAACGCCUUAAUACAUGACUGUUGUGAUGGCUGGCAGUUUAAUGCUUUGUGUUAAUGUUCAUUUAAUGGAGCUGUGUUACGUUAGAUCGCAGCUGGAGUGAUCACAGCAGGUAGAAACUGAUUUUAGCUGAAUGUUAUUCACUCAGUUUAAGGAUUUGGAAUAAACACUUUCAACACACAAACACACAAUACUGGUUAUAAAACCCUGAGUUCACAAUUACAUAAACACUGUAAUGAGCUUAAAUGA